AGCACAGGGUCCUAAGGCGUCUGCUCCAAUAAAACCUCCGAGAGAUAGGGGCUCCCUUCACUGCUCCAGGGGGUGACUGGAGGUGUCUAGACCCGCGAAUCGGGAACUCCGGGUUCCUUUGGCCACCAGAGGCGCGCGGAACAGGAGGGUGUGCCCUUGCUACCUCCUGACCUUCGGCCGGGAAGAGCUCCGAGAACGGGGAUUUCUUUGCUAGUAGGUCAGUGAAUAAUUUGAAUGGGAUAUUGCAUUGAAUCUACAUAAUAACAAAGAAUAAAAGACUGAACUAUGAUAGCAACUGGUGGAGUGAUAACUGGCUUGGCUGCUCUGAAAAGGCAAGACUCUGCCAGAUCACAGCAACAUGUCAAUAUAUGCCCAUCACCCACGGCUCAAGAGAAGAAACCAGUCAGGCGUCGACCGAGGGCUGAUAUAGUGGUUGUUCGAGGCAAAAUCAGGCUUUAUUCGCCAUCUGGUUUUUUCCUCAUUUUAGGAGUGCUUAUCUCCAUUGUAGGAAUUGCCAUGGCAGUCCUGGGAUAUUGGCCCCAAAAAGAGCAUUUUAUUGAUGCUGAGACAACGUUGUCAACAAAUGAAACCCAAGUCAUUAGAAACCAAGGUGGUGUUGUAGUUCGCUUCUUUGAGCAACAUUUACAUUCUAAUAAAAUGAAAAUGCUUGGCCCUUUCACAAUGGGAAUUGGCAUUUUUAUUUUUAUUUGUGCCAAUGCCAUUCUUCAUGAGAAUCGUGACAGAGAAACCAAAAUCAUACACAUGAGGGACAUCUAUUCUACAGUCAUUGACAUCCACACGCUAAGAAUAAAGGAGCAAAAGCAUAUGAAUGGAAUCUACACUGGUUUGAUGGGAGAAACAGAAAUAAAACAGAAUGGGAGCUCUUGUGCUUCAAAACUGGCAGCGAAUAGUGUUGCCUCUUUCUCGGGUUUUAGGAGUAGUUUUCGGAUGGACAGCUCUGUGGAAGAAGAUGAAAUUGCAUUAAAUGAAAAUAAUAAGACUUUGGGGCAUCUCAUGCCCCCUUUACUUUCUAACAGCUCUGUCUCGGUCUUUGGCCUCUAUGCACCUCAUUCCAAGACAGUGGAUAAUAAGAACAGUGGUCCUAAGAAAUGUGAAACAAAGUCUAUUGUGUCAUCAUCCAUCAGUGCUUUUACUUUGCCUGUGAUCAAACUUAAUAACUGUGUUAUUGAUGAACCCAGCAUAGAUAACAUUACUGAGGAUGUUGAUAAUCUCAAACAUAGGUCAAGAAAUUUAUCAAUGGAUUCUCUGCCUUUGCCCAACACCAGUGAAUCCUUUCAGCCAGUCAACACUCUACUGCCACGGAAUCAUUCUAUUGGGGAGUCAUUGUCAAGCCAGUAUAAGUCUUCUAUGACUCUUGGACCUGGAUCUGGAAAGCUCUUGUCUCCUGGGGCUGCUCGAAGACAGUUUGGCUCCAACACAUCCUUGCAUUUGCUCUCAUCACACUCAAAAUCUUUAGACUUAGACCGAGGUCCUUCCACCCUAACUGUUCAGUCAGAACAACGGAAGCACCCAAGUUGGCCUCGUUUGGAUCGAAGCAACAGCAAAGGAUACAUGAAACUAGAGAACAAAGAAGACCCAAUGGAGAGGUUGCUUGUGCCCCAAGUUGUAAUCAAGAAAGACUUUACCAAUAAGGAGAAGCUUCUUAUGAUUUCAAGAUCUCACAAUAAUUUGAGUUUUGAACAUGAUGAAUUUUUGAGUAAUAACCUAAAACGAGGAACAUCUGAGACAAGAUUUUAA